AUGCCAGAGAUAUGCAUUACCACUGCCCUGAUCACUGACCCUGAAACGGACAAGACUUCAGACCACAACAGCCACAGGUCUUUCCAGCAACCCUGGCUCCUUGAAAUUAUGUCCACAUACAGAGCCCAAUGUGCUGGUGCUGCCCAGGGAGGAGAGGCGGGCUCUGUGGUGGUCAAGGUCCACUACAAGUACACUGUGGCUCUGUCUGUCCCUCUGGACACACCAUACGAUGAACUGAAGGAACAAAUCGCACAGAAAUUGGGCCAGCCAGCAUCUCAGCUGCGCCUCAGACACAAGCAGCAUGGCUCUCGGGCGCUGAUACCUCUGGGUGGGGAGGUGGAGCCAGGCCGCACAGUGCAAGAGGUGGCUGAGGCCGGCAGAGCCACCCUGUGGUGCCAGACAGAAGACCCCCUGGCCAACCGUACCAUCCACUACCAGAUGGUGGCGCUGUAUGACUACACUGCUCAGGGCCCAGAGGACCUGGAGUUCAGCGAAGGAGACACCAUCGACAUCCUGGGUGAAGUUAAUGAGGAGUGGCUGGAGGGACACUGUGCAGGGAGCAUCGGCAUCUUCCCCCCUACAGGGAGAACACCAACAUCCACCAGAGCCUGUUAUAGUUACAGGCAUGUUACUGUGCAGGCAUCUCUAAUCAACCAGUUUGUGAAUGGUUGCUGUUUACAGCCUAAGAACAACCAAACAACACCCUUAUAGGGGCAUACAGUGCACUCAGUAUUGACUAUCAUGCUUUGAAAAUAUUUCUUUCUCAUAUGAUAUCAUUAUAAUGCUGCUGUAGUGGCUCAGAGUAUGUUUAUAUUAAACCUGCUGUACCUUUCCUAUUUUCUAUAUCCAAUGGUAUCGCUGUAAUACUGUUACUAUAAUACUAUAAUGAAGGUAUAUACUGACCUUAUUGAACUCCGAUAGAACAUUAUGUUUCUAUUUCUACAAGGUUAUAAUGACCCCGGUCUGGCAACUUUGAAGUGUGGUGAGGUUGCUAUAUGUACCAUAGCGACUAAUAUUGUAAAGUAUCGUGGUACAUUUUCUUAAUAAUGAAGAUACUGAAGCUGUUUAUUAAAUCUCAUUG